AUGAUCGGAACCGGGCUUGGAUCAGCUCGAGCUUUUUCGUCUAGCUUCAUAAACGUUGAACAAAGGGGAUUGCCCUCUCUGCAGCAAUCUUUUCGUCGCCGCCAACUAGCCCUCCGGACUUCACGGCAUGAAGUGCGGGCAUCCGUCGCAGGAGAUAGAAGUGAUUGCUCGCGCGAGGAUGUAGCGAAGGAUUCGGUCCCCUCGGACCCCCCUGCGUCGCGGAGCGGAGGCGGCACCAUUCUCGGUGCAGUCACGCUCAUUAUUGGCUCGUCCGUCGGCGCGGGCGUGCUGGCCUUGCCUUCCGAAACCGCUCCUGCAGGCUUCUUCCCCUCGUCCAUGGUCCUCAUCGGCUGUUGGGCUUUCCUCGUUCUCGAGGCGCUGCUGCUGGCCGAAGUCAAUGUCGCUCUGCUCAAGGAGCGGUCCGAUAAAAGCAAGACCGCUAACGCAUCUUCGUCUUCCGAUGCCGAGGCUGAGCGAGGUUCGGACGUUCUCUCCUACCGAACCAUGGCCGAGGCGACACUCGGGCCGCUGGGCGGCACGAUCGCAACCGCGGCGUAUCUAUUCUUGUCGUUUACGUUGAUGGUGGCGUAUUUCGCCAAGGGCGGCGAAGUGAUGUCGUUGGGGACGGAUCUGCCGCGUUGGCUCGGUGCAUCGGGGUUCGCAGUGGUGCUCGGCGGUUUGAUCUACUGUGGAAACACGCGCACUGCUGACCUGGUCAACCGAGCUCUGACCGCCGCCCUGCUUGGGAUCUUCGCGGCCCUGGUUUGCGGAGGCUCCACCCUCGCCGACUGGGACCAGCUGGGCUUCGCGGAUUGGUCCGACAUGUCAUCCACGCUCCCCGUCAUCUUCCUCGCGCUCGUCUUCCACGAUCUCGUCCCCGUCCUCUGCGCGUACCUCGACGCGGAUCUCCGGAAGAUCCGCACCGCGCUCCUCGUCGGCAGCUCUGUGCCGCUCGCGAUGUUUCUAACCUGGGAUGCCAUUGUGCUCUCCAUCUCGCCGUCCUCCAUCGCCGCCGCCGGCGCCGCCGGAGCCGCUGCCGGCGCUAACGCCGGGGAUCUCGCCUCGUCCGUCCUCUCGUCCGUUUCCGCCGUUGGAUCUUCGUUCGCGAAUCUCGCGUCGUCGUUCCCUACGUCUCUAGCGACCGCGCUCUCAGCCCCCGCGCUUCCAGCUCUCGCGUUCCCCGCUCAGGACCCCUUCCAGCUGUUCAUGCACCAGGCCACCCCCCUCCAAUCAGCCGCCGUCCUCGCGUUCUCGUUUCUAGCCGUUGCCACGUCAUUCCUCGGUUCCUCGCUCGCUCUAUCGGAGUUUUACAUGGAGCAGAUUGGUAACCUGGUUUUCGGCGGGAAAGCCGCGGAGACCAAAGCGGAGGAUCAGGAGCAGAAGCAGCAGGAGGGUGGUACUAGCGGGGUUGAUAUUAAGGAAGCCGGAUUAGGGUUCGUUAGGUCGCAUGUGAGAGAGGUGGGGUUCCUUCUGGCCCUCUGCCCGCCUCUCGCGGUAGCUUUGGCGAAUCCGGGGGCGUUUGUUGCGGCGAGCAAGGCGGCAGGUGCAUACGGCAUGACGGUAUUGUACGGAAUUCUGCCGCCCCUGAUGUUCUACAUGCAUCACAAGCAGAAGGCGGAGAACGAGGCUAAGGCGACCGGUUCGGCAGGAGGUUCGUUCUGGGUGCAGCCAGGUGGCAGCCUCGCGUUGGCCAGCAUGGGCGGGUUAUCGUGUGCUGUGAUCGCGGGUCAAGCGGUGAUCGAUGCAUCCGUGAUUUCACCUGGUUCGCUCGCUUCUCCCCAACCGUCGAUUGUUUUGGCCCAAGGCGAUCGUGAUUCCAUGGCUGACAUUCCCUCUAGAAGCCAACUCACUGUGGCGACAAUCCGAAGCCCGGUUGCGGCUGGUACCCUCGAGGCCCCUCCCCUCGUUUACGCUAGCCAAUCACUGGCUGCCAGCUGCAUGACCGCCCCUCCAACCUCUGAUCUCCAGCACGAUGCGUUCUUGAAUCUUCGGGAGUCUGCCUCGACGAACCCCAUGCUGGCUCCGUUACCCGUUUCGCACUCUUCGCAGUGCCUGACGUUCACGAUGUCAGACCUUGACGCGUUUGAUUCGACACAGGAGUCCCUGAUUGUGGACAUUUGA